AUGGAGGACAUAUCGACCUCGAAGCUCGUCAGUCCUAAGGAUGCUGAAGACAGAGGCCCGGUGGAGCGGUAUCAGUACCCUCCCCUGCCCUCAGAUGGACAUACGCGGCUCGUCAGCCUGCAUCCAGGGAGCACAGACGAUGAGCAUCUAAUAGUGGACCUGGACCCGAUGCCUAUCAUUCCCGGCGAACCCCUUCACUACGAGGCGCUUUCAUACAGUUGGGACAAAGACCAGACACCCUUCUCGGUGUAUGUUGGCAAGGAUAAGACUGCCGUGGUCUCAGUGACACGGAAUCUCGCUAUCGCACUCUUCAACCUGCGAUACACAGACAGACCACGACUCCUCUGGAUCGAUGCGCUAUGUAUUGAUCAGUCGAACGACAUCGAGAAGGGCCCGCAGGUCGCCCAGAUGGGCACGAUUUACAGCUUCGCAACCCACGUCAUCGCUUGGCUUGGGCCGGAAUACCACGACAGCACCCGUGCGCUGAACUUCAUCGCCUGGAUGGGCACGCACAUCGACGUGGAGUAUCCGAAGUGGCUCCAGCAUGUGGGCGUCCCAGCCAAUCAAGCAUCUACGGAACCUGCGUUGAACGACCCAGAUGCGACCGUCCCCAUCACUGCUGACGACGCGCGCUCAAUCUAUUACCUCCUCUGCAGGGGGUGGUUCUACCGGCUCUGGAUUCGGCAGGAAAUUCUAGCUCUCGAGGCAAAGGCAGUCGUCCAGUGCGGACGGUCUCAUGUCGCUUGGGCGCUGUUUCGCCGCGGGCUAAUGGCGCUCUACAAAAGUAACAGGAGGCGUCCUCCAUCCGAGUACGAGGGCAGGUUAUAUGAACGGCUGCUCCUCCUCCGAGGCUUUAUCGGCCAGCCGUCGACAGUGGGCCUUGGAUUCAUCCGUGUCUGUUUUGGACAGUCCAGUUGCACGGAUAGGCGGGACAGGCUUUACGCGGUCCUGAAUUUCUUGCCUAAGGCUGAGAGGGAGGUCGUCGGCAUCCCUGACUACACGAAAGACUUCGCCACUGUUUUCCGAGACGUUCUCUGGCGGUGGAUUAUCCGUUUCGAUUGCUGCAACCUCCUGAGCCAGUGCGAGCCCGGACCCGAUGAUGCACCAUGGGUGCCCAGCUGGACGCCGGACUGGUCCAAGAAGGACACCAUUUUUGGGAGGGUCUACUGGCGAGGCCUUGCUUCGUCGCAGCUGGCAGCAGUCUAUUCACGCUCACCAGAUCGUCAAGUCCUGAGCCUGUCAGGUAUCUCAACUAUGAAGAUAGCGCGACUGCAGCCUGUGCCAGAUAUAUUGACAGCUAGGCACGUCAGAGAUGUCGCGGAUGCUAUUCGGCACCUCAUUCCAGAAAGCGAGCUUUCGGGACAAUAUGUGACUGGUAUCAGCAUGAGAGAGGCUUACACAAGGACGGUCCUUGCCAAUUCUCUGCAAGAGCAUUGUGAGCCAUGGGUUGGAUACGAGCCUAAUCUGGAGGACGCGAUGCAUACGCUCGAGCAGCUAUAUCGGCCCGAGGAAGACCGAGAUCCCGAAGAAAAAUCAUUGGGCCCGUCAACCGGCUUCUUUGGCGUAUCGCGCGCGAUGCUAGGAGGAAAACAGCUGAUGCACGCAACCGGCGGGUAUCUGGGAAUAGCACCUCGUCUGGCUCGAGAAGGAGAUGUUGUCUGCAUCCUUCUCGGAUGCCACACGCCCAUGGUCCUCCGACCUCAAGGAGAGACGGAGUUCCGCAUUGUGGGCGAGUGCUAUAUGCUAGGCAUCUCUGAAGGGGAGACACUCCUGGGUUCGUUGCCGACGAAUAUCCGCAGAGUAUAUGCUUCGAGCCGAGAAUGGGGCGUCCACUCGUACUGGGAAGACGCCCAGACAGGAAAACGAUCACUGAUAGAUCCGAGGCUCGAAGCUUUGUUCCCAUCUAUGUCUUCGGACUUCCACAAUGAGUUGCGAGAAGACCCUCACGUCAAAUUAAAGCUCCCAAUGGAUACUCUUCAAAAUUUGUGCCCAAAACUGCGGCAGUUCGAUAUAGUAUAA